UCCAGCGAGAAUGAAGGGCACUAUUAUUGUUAUAUUAUGCACUUUGUACUUUGUUUUUUUUUUCAGCGGUGAAUGAUACAUGAGGUAAUCUGACAGCAUUACAUUAAAUUCUCCACUAACGCCGUCUCUCAUCGUAUCGCAGGUCUGAUGUCUUGAUAUUCUUCUUUCCUCUACCGCUUGACGAGGUGAAGAUCAUGUGACCUCCAGAAGGUGUGCAGGUCAUAGAAAAACACACACACACCAUCUGGACACAAGUGACAUACACCCUCAUUACUACAAAAUUACACACCACAAGACACACUCAAGUAUGCAAAGAGAAGCCUGGGGACUGCAGUACAGAAUGGGCCUGUUUUACAUUUGUUUUUCUGUUCUAGUGGGUUUUAGAGAGAGAGAAAGUUUUUUUGCUCUAAUUCUCUGAUUUAGUUCUGGUUAGGUCGGAAUAAGCCUCUCUGAGUGCUAGAAAGAAAGAUAGAGAGACUGUGUCUGUCCAUCAGAAAGUGAUUGUAAUUCUAAGCAUUUUACAGCUUCUCUCACAGAGAGAUUUCUUGGAAGGAAUUCUUGCUGCUUAUGAAAGAACAAAAAAUGGGGUGAGUGGAAAGAGAAAAGAGAAAGUGAAAAAAGGAGAGAGAGAGGAGAGGAGGGAGAUGUGUGCCAGUGUGUAUAUGACUCGCUGUCUGGGGGUGAGAGAGAGAGACACACACACACACACACACACACACUUAAAUACCAAAGAGAGAAACCCCCUUUCACUAAAACAUUCUCUCACACAAACACACAUCUCCAUUCACAGACGGCACCACUGCUGUACUUCUUAUUAGGACUGGACAUACACACAUAUUUACACACAUAUUAACUGUCUUAUUCUGCUCAUGGCUUGUGGGAUGCAACUGCCAACCUGGAGCGGACAUCACUGGAGACUCAUCCAGCAUUUCCUCCAGAUGACCCUCCUGCUCUCCCUCCUGUGCCCACCCACAGAGCCUGUUCCCUGGGACAACGGCUCCAGCAGCAGCCCUGGAGAGGGCUGUGAGGGCUUCCAGGUGGAUGUUUGUGGUGUGUGUGCAGGAGAUGGGAGCACAUGUGAGCUGUUCAGCGGGACACUCUUUCUUUCUGUGCUCUCUGUUGGCUACCACAGGAUCCUGGACAUCCCCUCUGGAGCUCAGCGAAUAAAAAUACAGGAAACACAGAAGACCAGGAAUUACUUGGCUCUCAGGACAGCGGCUGGUGAAUCAGUGAUAAAUGGUGACUGGGUGAUCGACAGGCCAGGACAGUUCUACGCUGUGGGUACUCAGCUCACUUACAAAAGGCCCAACGAAAUACGCAGCAGAGCGGGAGAAUCCAUCACUGCUCCUGGCCCAACCAAUCAGGAGCUGCAUCUCUUUGUUAUUUAUCAGCAACCCAAUCCAGCAGUGUAUUAUGAAUACAUUCUACCUAAAGACCCCAUUACUGACAAUCACUCAGAUGCAUAUUCUUACUCUAGUGUACUACCUCUGGUAGAGAGUCAUGGAAUAUUUCCUGAUCCUGGCAAUAGUGACAGUGAAAACUUAUUAAGCAGCUCUCAUCCCAACCAAGUUCCAUCGGACUCUAUAACCCCUGAACCAGUUCCUCUGUACAGCUGGCUUGCCAUUACAACAUCACCCUGCAGUGUCACCUGUGGAACGGGCAGUCGUCAGGUUCUCUUUGGCUGUGUGGAAAGAGCCACUCAAACUACUGUACCAGGGGACCUCUGUAGCUUCACCAGUCAUCCUGGCCCUCAGGUAGAAGAGUGUCAAUCGCAGCCUUGCCCGGCCUUCUGGGAUGUUGGGGAGUGGUCUGAGUGCAGUAAGACCUGUGGUCCAGGGUUUCAGUAUCGUCAGGUGAUUUGCCAGCAGGAGCAAGGACACCAUGGCAAUAGCACAGUCAUUGUGGCGACCAGCCUCUGCGAUAACACAGAAGUGCCAGAGACGACCACCGUGUGCCAGCUCAAGAUCUGCAGCGAGUGGCAGAUCCGCUCAGAGUGGACAGAGUGCUCGGUGCCAUGUGGAGUAGGUCAGCGUAAAAGAGAAGUUGUGUGUGUGGAUAACUUGGGUGACAUUGUUGCCGAUGAGGAAUGCAAUAUGGCCCUUCGUCCACAGGACCUACAGAAUUGUGACAAAGGAGUGUGUGCCAGCAGCUGGUUCUACUCUCUCUGGAGUGACAGGUGUUCUGCAGACUGUGCGGAAGGAAGUCGCAGCCGGUCGGUGGUGUGUAUGAUGAGUCAGACCAACUCAUUGCCUUUGGACAACUGCGAUGAUGAGGAUAAACCUGACGAGCUCAUGCCGUGUGACCUGGGACCCUGCACACAGCGACUGGAAUGGUACACAGGAUCGUGGGGGCAGUGCUCAUCUGAAUGUGGCAAUGGUACCCAGAGUCGAGGUGUGGUCUGUGUUGUCCAAAACAGUGGCCAAUUAGAAGUCACCUCAGAAGACCGUUGCUCUCAUCUGCCCCGUCCUCCGAGUGCACAGACCUGCUUUUUGAAGAGUUGUGGAUCACAGUGGUACAUGACGGAGUGGAGCUCAUGUUCUCGUUCUUGUGACGGAGGCUUUCGAGUGAGAGAGGUACGUUGUUUGCAAGAUGAACUGACCACCAGCCAUGACUGUGAUCCUGCUCUUGAACCUGCAAACAAGGAGAAUUGUAACACACACACCUGCAUGCCACCGAUUGAUGAGUCCUGCAGGGAUAUGUACUAUAACUGUGUGGUGGUAGUCCAGGCCCGUUUGUGUGUGUACUCAUACUAUCGCACCACAUGUUGUGCAUCAUGCUCUCGGGUCACUCAGAGAGACACGCUGCACAGAAUCAGGUGAUCUGGUUGUUCACCACCGCUCUCCUUUCCUGAAUGAUGAUGUCCUUGUCUCAUCAUGGCAUCAUCCCCACCUGUUUUCAGCUGGAUCUGACCCUGCGAUGACAUCACUGUUCAAAGACUUACAGUAUAUGUUCACUUCCCAUCUUUUUUAAAACACAAAAUGACAAUGCUCCAUGAGCAAAUGAGUAUUUAUUGCAAAUAAAAACAACCAAGCCUCUUUUACUUCAUUUAUCAUAUUGAGUAAUCUCUAAAAAUGAAUUUAAAAUUAAUCUUCACAUUUAAAUGGCUAAAAAUAAACAUCUAAAGAUUCUAAAUGAACUCUUUACACAAUAAAACAUUAGUAUUUAUCUAAAUAUUAAAUCUAAAAGUUUGCUUCACUGGUAUUGUAGAGGGGUGAUCGUAUUUGUUUUUAUAUUUUUCCAGAAGUCCAUAUGUAAUGUUAAUCAAGUUUUUUCUGAUAUGACCUGUCCAAAAGGCCAUUUCAGAAAGACUGAACAACUGACUUGCUUGCCAAUUCAUACAUGCAUUAGAAUGUCCCUCUCUCACUGAC